UUUUUUUGCUUGUUCGCUUGUUCGCUUGUUCGCUUGUUCGCUUGUUCGCUUGUAUUCUUUGUAUAAUUAUUUAUGGAGGCUAAUAGCACUGCUGAAGAAUCCUGUCCUAAUACUGGAGGUCUUCGUAUUGAUGGUGGUUUAGACACUCCAGGAUUUCAUUUCGUUGACGCUUGGAACCACCCACAGCAAAAUUGGCACGUCAUAGGCUGGGUUGUGUGUGCCCUUUUGCUGUUGAUUACCUGGACUACUGCGUUUGUAGUCAUCUCAAGGCAUUUGAAAAACUAUUAUGAUCCAAAUAUCCAAAGACACAAACUUCGGGUUUUGCUUUACCCUCCUUUCUAUGCUACCCUAGCCUGGCUAUCCUACCUUAGAUACGACUACGCUACCACGAUUACCUUUUUUGCAACCCUUUUCGAGUCAUUUGCCGUCUUUAAUCUCUAUGCAUGUCUCCAGGCCUAUCUUAAGCCAUUUAGAGAUGAAGCAGGCGGUGCAAAAAUACCGCUGACCACCAAAGUAUUUUCAUUAUUCACAGUGAAUCUAAAAUCCAAGUUUGGUCUUCAUUACCGUGUUAUUACAGAUAUUCUUGUAUUCCAGUAUCCGUUGUGGGCCAUUAUUGAUGCUUUCGUGUCCAUUUUCACUUCCAUAAAGGGAUUUUAUUGUGGCAGCAGCUACAACUUCCAUGGCGCACACGUCUACCUUGUCAUCAUCAACUUCACCUCUCUUUCGAUCAUCCUCAGUGCCCUGUUCACCUACCUGGCCGUAUUUGAGGCUGAGUGGAAAAAGGGGCAGAUCAGCGCACACGGCAUGUUCUGGUGCGUAAAGGCACCGAUCAUGAUCAUCUUCUAUGGCGGUGAUAUCCUGCUGACUGGUCUGACCACAGCCGGUGUUAUCCACGGUACUACGGGCGAGACCUCAAGUGACGGAAUUGCGUGGCCUGCUGCUGCUGUCAAGAACGGCAUCUAUGUCAUCAUCGUGUGCGUGGUGAUGUGUGCAGUAACCUUUAUGAUGGUCAAGUAUUUCGGACCCCGUGACAACCUCACCAACCAGCUCGAAAAAGACGUAAGGCCACUGGGUGUCUGGGUGGCGAUUGUAGAUGCCUAUCUUGGAUACAUACCCGAGUUCUUGUACAAUGUGUUUGGCUGUGGAAAGGACUCUUACCAGUUGGUCAGAAAGCGGGUCGAACUCCGGUCUCGGAAACAGCGCGAAAAGCUUGUUGCCGGAGAUCCCGGUGCCAAUCUUCUGCAGCCCGAUGGACGCCAUGAUGAAGAGUAUUCGAUGAGCCAGCAACAUGCACCAUCCUACAAUACUGGAUAUAACAACACAUCGAUCCCAGAGCCAAGUCAUCAGUACCAGCCUCCGCCUAAGGGCAGAGAAAGCAAUUAUCGACAAGUCUAGAUAUCUUGUCUUCUUUUUUCUCCUUAAAGGAGUAGAGAAGUUCCAAGCAAUUGUUAAUGCGUAGAUUGUACGAGCCGGUUAAAUGAUACAGCCCUUAAUAAUAAUAGUAAUAUAAUACGAUCCUAAUAGAAUAUAGUAUACAUACAAUAUUCCUUAUAUACAUAUACAUAUACAUAUACACACACACACACACACAAACAUACAUAAUAAGAAUGCUACAGUGAAAGCGGUAAAUCUUGUCACUUUGAAAAAAAAAAUUCAAUGUCCUUCAACC